AUGUCCGAUAUCACCGCGACUAAGCCCGACCCCGCCAUCUCUGCCUCCGAGGCCAAGCCUGAAGAGACCGUCCCCGCCACCGGCGAGGAGAAGUCUACCACUGAGGCCGUUGCUGAGACUGCCACUGAGACCGCUGAGAAGGCUGUCGAUACCGCCAAGGAUGCCGCCGUGAAGACCUCUGACAGCAUGUUCUCCAUGUUCGGUGGCGGUCCCAAGAAGGAGAAGAAGGAGGAGGCCGAUGAGCCCACUGAUGAGCCCUCCGGUUCGUCCAAGGCCCAGAAGGCCAAUGAUGAGGAUGAAGUCGAGGAGUCCGUCGAUGUCCACUUCGAGCCCGUUAUUCGCCUCACCGAGAAGGUUGAGACCAAGACCAACGAGGAGCUUGAGGAGCAGUCCUUCAAGAUGCGCGCUAAGCUCUUCAAGUUCGACCGCGAGUCUAAGGAGUGGAAGGAGCGUGGUACCGGUGACGUCCGUCUGUUGAAGCACAAGGAGAACCAGAAGACCCGCCUCGUCAUGCGCCGUGAUAAGACCCUCAAGGUCUGCGCCAACCACUACAUCGUCCCCGACAUGAAGCUCAGCGCCAACGUCGGCAGUGACCGCAGCUGGGUCUGGAACGCCGCUGCUGAUGUCUCCGAGGGUGAGCCCGAGGCUCAGACCCUGGCCAUCCGUUUCGCCAACAGCGAGAACGCCAACGCCUUCAAGGAUGCUUUCGAGACCGCCCAGAUUGAGAACGAGAAGCUCUUCAACGCCGAAGAGUAA